UAAACCCUUUGCCCGGUUCGGCCGGUUGGGACAAUUGAUGGCAGGUCAAGUUUUGGGCCUGGUCCUUUGUUUCCCAGCGACCUCGCAGGUAGCAAUCCUGGUUCCCGCUAAAGUAUUUUGCUUCAUGGAGGCCGCACUAAACUGACCCUAAGAGGGACCCGUAUCCGUAGAAGCCCGCCCAGCUCGCGCGGAUUGGCCCACGCUGUGACCGGCUGCCGAGCACCUGUGAAUGCUGGGAGAAAGAAAACAUGGCGGCCGGGCCCAGCCGUGUGGAAAUUCAGACCCUUUUCAAGCGUCUGCGAGCUGCGCCAGCCAAUAAGUCCUGUUUCGACUGCGGGGCAAAGAACCCGAGCUGGGCCAGUAUCACCUACGGGGUCUUUCUUUGUAUCGACUGUUCCGGAAUCCACCGCUCGCUGGGCGUUCAUGUCAGCUUCAUCCGGUCUACAGAACUUGACUCCAACUGGAGCUGGUUUCAGUUGAGAUGUAUGCAAGUGGGUAGCAAUGCCAAUGCGACAGCUUUUUUCUGCCAGCAUGGCUGUACCACUUCGGAUGCCCCUGCCAAGUAUAAUAGCCGUGCUGCUCACAUGUACCGAGAGAAGAUCCAGCAACUGGCAAGUGCUGCCAUGGCCAAAUAUGGAAAUGAUCUCCUGAUUGAUGGCCUGAGUGGGAUUCCUGGCCACUCUCUGGAAAGGAAUGAUGCUGAUUUUUUCUCGGAACAUACACAGGUGUGUAAUGACUGGGAUGUGGGUAAGACGGAGCAGAGCACAAUAGAGUCCACAGCAGAAUUGGAAAAACCAGCAAAGCCAUCUGAAAGUAAUGAGGUUCCACAGGAUGACCAAGGUCCGUCUAUUGAGUUAUUGAGCACCUCUCCCAAAAGCUCCCUUGACGCAUCCAUGUGUCUGUCUCCACAAGGGGCAGCUCCGGCCAGAGAAAUAAAGCCUUCCCUUAUUGGAAAGAAAAAGGCAGGUGGAGCAAAAAAAGGGCUGGGAGCCAAAAAAGGUCUUGGAGCUCAGAAAGUGAGCAGUCAGAGUUUUACAGAAGUUGAAAGGCAAGCCCAGAUGGCAGAAAAGCUGAAAGAGCAACAAGCAGCUGAGUACAGGAAGCAAGCGGAGGAAUCUAUAGUGGCCUCAAUGAGAUUGGCCUAUCAAGAGCUCCAAAUUGAUCGGAAGAAGGAGGAGAAGAAACUUCAAAACUUAGAAGGGAAGAAGCGUGAGCAGGCUGAAAGACUAGGCAUGGGCUUGGUGUCCAGAAGUUCCAUUUCGCAUUCUGUCCUGUCUGAGAUGCAAGUAAUAGAACAAGAAACACCAGCAAGUGUAAAGUCCUCUCGGUCUCAGCUGGGCCUCUUUGAAGAUACAGGCAGCUUCACAUCUGGACCACCCAAGUACAAAGAUAAUCCAUUCUCACUGGGAGAUGGUUUUGGUUCACAAUGGGAAACAGAAAUGCCCUCCUGGGGACUUGACAAAAGAGAAGAGGAGACAGACAUUACAGUGUCAAGCAUCCGACCCAUUGGUGACAGAUCAACCAACAGAAGAGAAACGGAGAGCAAGGUAUCAGUAGUAGAGACUAACGAAGCUCGACAGAAGUUUGCAGGUGCCAAAGCCAUCUCAUCUGACAUGUUCUUUGGGCGAGAAGUUGAUGCUGAGUAUGAGGCCAGAUCCCGACUCCAGCAGCUCUCAGGAAGCAAUGCCAUUAGUUCUGUGGAUCUUUUUGGAGAAUCUGAAACAGCAAAUUUGGGUGGUGUCUCCAUUGGAAAUGUACUACCUGCAGCAGACAUUGCUCAGUUCAAGCAGGGAGUAAAGUCGGUUGCUGGCAAAAUGGCUGUCCUGGCCAACGGUGUGAUGAACUCACUGCAGGUGAGAAGUGAGGGGAAAGUUUUUAUACUUAUAUACCAUCUCGACCAAGAUGACGUACAUUGGACUCUUUUUCCUUAUUUUAUUUUGUUACAGCAUAAGCAGGUAGGAAGCCAGGUUGAAAGAGAAUGAUUGGCCCAUAAUCACCCAAUGAGUUUCUGUGGUGGUGGAUGAAUUAAAAUUUGAGUCUCCUCAGUACUAAUCCAGUGUCUAACCACUGCACCACAAAGGCU